AUGAUAAAAGGCGUUCUAAUAAUAAACAACAAUGGGAAGCCCAGGUUCCUCCGAUUUUACGAUGAGAGUAGCCAUGAAAGGCAACAGAUGAUUACAAAGCGAAUUCAUGAAACUAUAAAGAAAAGGACUACCAAUGAGUGCUGUUGUUUUUUGGAAGAUGAGGAAUUGUUCAGUCCGGAUGUGAAAAUUGUGUACAGGCACUUCGCGACCCUGUACUUUAUUUUUAUCAUCGACUCUAUGGAGAGCGAGCUGGGUAUUCUGGACCUAAUUCAGGUUUUCGUUCAAGUGUUAGAUGCAAAUUUCGAGAAUGUGUGUGAAUUGGACUUGAUAUAUAAUUACGAGCAGAUCAACUACAUUCUGGAUGAGAUCAUAAUGGGAGGCAUCGUUAUGGAAACGAACAUAGAAGCGAUAGUGGGUUCCAUCAAUGGCGCGAAGAAGUUAAUUGAAAACGAGUCUUCCUUCUUUGGCGAUUGA